UCCAUCGCCAUAUUGGGCCGGGGGGCCGGAGAAGGCGCCCUCCCUCCCGCCUUCCUCGGGGCUCCUUCCUAGCCCGGCUCCGCUUCUUCCGCCAGCCGCCCGGAGCCCAAAACAGGUCCUCCUCUUCCUCCUCCUCCUCGCCGCCGGGGCUCCUCGGACGUCUGCCCGGCCGCUUUUCUCUCCUCGUCGUCGUUCGUCUGAGGCGGCGGCGGCGUCUCCCGGACCUGCGGAGAAGCGCUCCGGCAAGCAGCGGCCGCUUCUUCCUUCAGCGGGGAUUUGUUUUCCCCUCACGAACCGCGCUCGGUUCUCCGUCGCUGCCCGCCUCCCCGGCUUAUGCGAGGCUCCGGCCGGCAGGGUUGCUGCGCGCUGUCCGCCCGGGAAGCGCUCCCUCGGCUGGGUCCAGCGGAAAGGCCGCCCGCCGUCGCCGUCGUCGCCGCCGCCUUCUCCUCUUCCCCGAGCGGGACGCCGAGCCCCUCACCCGCCGCCGCCUCAGCGCCGUGGCCGGCUGCGCGGCGGGCCAUGUCGAAAGUGCGUGUCUCGAAUGGGAGCCCGACCCUGGAGCGGAUGGAAGGCCGGCCGGCGGAUGGCCCCAAGCCCUCGGCGUGCCGCUGCCUCUUCGGCCCCGUCGACCGGCAGGAGCUGGCGCGCGAGUGGCAGGAGCAGAGCCGCCACCUGGAAGAGGCCGGCCGGAGGCGGUGGAACUUCGACUUUCGGCGCGAGCAUCCCCUGGAGGGCCGCUUCGAGUGGCAGGCGCUGGAUAGGGCGGCGCUGCCCGACUUCUACAGCCGACCCCCGCGACUCGGCGGGGCCCGGCCCAAAGCUGACGCCCGGGAGCGGCGCCUGGAGCUCAACGGAGACCGCUCGCCGUCUAGGGGGCUGCGCUGCGCUCAGGCACCGGCCGAAGAGCAGGAGCCCGAACCGGAGUCCCAGCAGCAGGACGGGGCCCCGCUAACCCUUAGCUUCGGCCCGAGGAAGCGACCUGCCGCCGAUGAUUCCUCUCCUCAAAGCAAAAGAGCCAACACAAUUGAAGAAAUCUCCGAAGAGCAUUGCGGGGAGCCACCCAUGGCCAGCUCAGAGGAACAAACGCCCAAGAAGAAGACCACAUCCAGUCCGAAGCGGUGUCAAACGUAAAUCGGUUGUU